UUCGUACACAACGAUUUGAUCUACCGAUUGUUCGAGUAACAUGAACGCGUUCCGGCCGUGGGCCGGGACAGCUGCCCGCAUUUCCCUUUCCAUUGUCUAUUCCUAAUUGUUGACUUUCUACCGGCGGUGAGACGCGUCCAGGAGGACGUUAUUUCCACGAGUAUACUCUCGCGGCAGAGUUGUCGCCACCACCGGGACGUCUCACCUGUGAGAAGUCUUACUGAAGGGCAGGAGACGGCGAGGACUUCGAAAGUGCGCCGACAUGAAGGCGUCUGCUGUGACGCUGCUGUUCUGCGCGGUACUCUUCUGCGCACAGCUGCGGGAAUCGGGGUGUCUAUUCAAGAAUCAUAAGUGUGGAAAGAUCAUAGCCAGCAAAUUUACGAAUGUGUUCGGUCGCACGUUGUAUUGCACCUACUUCUGCCGAUCAUUUCCACCAAGGAUGGAACAUGAAUCGGACGGGACACUAUGCUGGAACAUUCGUGGAAAAGGCACUUGUCAAGGCGGCCGCUGCAAAGUAGGCGCUGAUGGUCGUAUAACGACGGUUAAACCUCUGCCUCCGAAACCACAGCCCUCUCAAACGUCAAAGAAUGGCAGCUCAACGACAGCGCAUGCACGACCAACAUCUGCUGUUGGUUCAAAGGGUGUCGUUGUCAACUAAUACCUAGGCAUCUCCCUCUAAUAUCGUAUCUCUCACUACAUGAUGACAAAUGGAAGGAACACACAAAUACAAACAUGCAGAACAAACUUUUCCUGAAAUUCAGCUUUGACCUUUUUUUACAGAAUAUAUAUACGCUUGUUAACCACAACAACAGGCGAAGCUAAAUCAAAAUGAACAACAAUAACGGUUGCUGCAAAUAUGUACUGUAUGGUUAUCUGCGCAAUAAAAACUCGAUGAGAUUGUUCUGGGAA